AUGUCUUCCCUGAUUGAUAGUUUACUUCAGAGACAAAUAAGUCAAGUAAAAGCAAAGCCAGAUGAUAAAUGCAUUGUAGAAUUGUGUGGGUCUGAUGAUAACAGAUCUUUAUGGUUCCAUUUGCGCCCUGUAAGUCAGAUUAAUGGUGAGGUGAUUUUGCAAAAGUUAACAUCAACGCUGAACAGCAAUGAAAAUUUUUUGGGGGGAUUCUUUAGACUGAACUUUGUCCACAUACCUACCCAGAAGGGUGGUAAUAGGGUGAGGAGACCCUUUGAGACCCAUGAAAGAUGGAUGGAAAGACAUAUGAAAUCACAACAUUUAUUCGAUCCAAAAAAUGAUAAAGACAACAUGUGUUUGGCACGCUGUAUUUCAUACUUGAAAUUAUUUCCAACUUCUAGUAAGCAUCAGGUCUACAGACUGAGAGCAGCUGGUAAUAAAAAAAUAACGGAUGCAGCAACUGAACUAUGUCAACAAGCAGGAGUAGAUAAAAACAAACCUUGUGGUUAUGAAGAAAUAUGCAAGUUUCAAUCUGUUUUACCAAAUCAUCGUCUUGUUGUAUUCACGGAUCGGAAAUGUAAAGAAAUUCUUUUUUGUGGUGAUAGAAAAGAUUCCAAUGAUGUCGAUAAGCCGUUUCAUAUCUAUAUCUAUUUUCAUAAUGGUCAUUAUUAUGGUGUCACCUCUAUGACUGCUGUUUUAGAGAUAAGUUAUUUUUGUGAUGUAUGUCUUGUUGGCUUUAGUGACAGAAACUCGCAUAAAUGUAAAAAUUCAUGUGAUAGAUGUUGUGGUCCAGUCUAUCAUGAAAAGGCAUUGGGUCUUAUUAAUUGUCACUAUUGUGGCCGUUGGUUUGCGGGAAAAUCCUGUCUAGAUACCCACCGUAUUUUUGGUGCUAAUGGUAAGAGUGUUUGUCAAGUGAAGAAAUUUUGUGGUAUAUGUGAACGUUCAUAUCACUUGACACAAAAAAUGAAAAAACAUAUUUGUGGGCAUAAAAUUUGUGACUAUUGUGGGGAAAAUAUGCCUUAUGAUCAUAAGUGUUAUAUGACCAGCUGGGAACCAAAACCCUUGCCCAAGGGAGUCCAACAGAUUCGGAUGUACUUUGAUAUUGAAACAGAUCAAUCGUUUGAUGUUGAAGGAAAGGAAGGCUGGAAAGAGCAUAAGGCUCGACUCCUGGUCUCCCAACAUGUCUGUGAUGAAUGUGAAAUGGACACAGACAUGAAGAAUAAUUGUAAUUCUUGUGGAGUUCGCCAAAAUAUUUUUGAAGGGUUUGAUAAAAACACCAAUGUUGUGUCAGACUUUUUAGAUUUUUUGCAGAAACUCUGUAGUGAGAGACACAGAGAGAUCACUAUUUUCUGUCACAACUUUCGUUCAUUUGAUGGCAUUCUAAUUUUCCAGGAGUUAAAGGAACGUGCACAUCCCCCCAAAGUCAUUUUAAAUGGUGCAAAGAUUCUACAAUUAAAAAUAAAUGAUAAUAUAACAUUUAAGGAUUCCUUAUCUUUCCUUCAACAGAGAUUGAAAUCGUUACCAAAGAGUUUCGGUCUGAAUGAGUUAUGUAAAGGAGAUUUCCCCUUUUCUAUGAUUCAAGAACAAUAUUUUGAUUAUGAGGGACCCAUGCCUAGUAGAGAAAUGUACAGCACUUCACAUCUUAGUGAUAAGGAACGGGCAGAGUUUGAUAAUUGGUAUGAUGAGCAAGUAAAUAGUGACUAUGUAUUUAAUUUUAAGGCUGAGCUAAUCAAAUAUUGUUGUUCAGAUGUGACUAUACUUUUACAAUCUAUGGAGAAGUUUCGUACUCUUUUUAUGGAAACUGCUCACUUUGACCCUCUGAAAAAUUGUAUAACACUCUCUUCUGCAUGCAUGUGUAAUUUUAGGAAAAAUCACUUGGGUAAUGCUUCAAUAGGCAUUGUUCCUCGCGGAGGCUAUAGAGGGAGAGACAAGGCCAGCUAUGAAGCAUUGUGUUGGUUAGAUUAUGAAUCACAUAGGUUAGGUAAGAAAAUUUUGACAGCAGAGAAUGGUCGUGAAAAAAUUGUAUUGAAGUAUAAAGUAGAUGGAUAUGUAGAAAUAGAUUUACCAAAUGGCACAGUAGAGAAGAGGGUUUAUCAAUAUCAUGGUUGUUAUUUCCACUUGUGUAAAAAGUGCAUUCCUGAUGAGGAGUCGCGCAACAAAAUCAGAGGUCGAAGUCAAGAAGAUCCCUAUGAGAGAACAAAGCAUAUAAGUAAAAAAUUAAGAGAUCAUGGUUAUGUUGUCAUUGAGAAAUGGGGGUGUGAGUUCAAACAUGACAUGGAAAAUAAUGAAGAAGUAAAAAAUUAUUUUGAAAAUACCCCUUUUAAAAGAAUGAAACCUUUAAACCUACGUGAUGCCAUUUGUGGUGGUCGAACUUCAGCUCUCUUCACUGAAUAUGUGGCCAACUUGGAAAUGGGAGAGAAGAUAAAAUUACUGGAUGUCAUAUCUGAAUAUCCCUGGGUACAAUAUAGAAAGUAUUUUCCAGAGGGUCAUCCUACUAUUUAUCUUGAAGGUGAUGUGGAUAUGCCUGAAAUAGAUAAAAUGAAUGGUGUUAUAUUGGCUACUGUGCUGCCUCCUAAAGAUUUAUUUUUACCUGUCUUACCAUACAAAUGCUGUAGCAAACUCAUGUUUCCACUAUGUAGGACUUGUGCUGAGACUAUGAAUCAAUCUGUAUGUAAUCAUUCGGAUGAGGAGAGAGAAUUGGUUGGGACAUGGUGUGCCCCCGAGCUGCAGUUGGCUGUAAAAGAAAAUUAUGUCAUUAGGAAAAUACACGAAUGUUAUCAGUAUGCCUCUGUGAGUGAGUAUGAUCCAAAAACAGGUCGAGACGGGAUGUUCUCUUCAUAUGUGAGACAAAAUAUGGCGAUGAAAAUUGAAGCAAGUGGCUGGCCACACAAUGUAAAAACAGAGGAAGAGAAAGAUGCAUUUAUAAGAAAACAUUUUGAAAAUGAUGGCAUUGUUUUGGACAAGUCAAAAUUCCAACGUAACCCAGGCAAAAGGUUUCUUGCAAAACUGAUUCUCAAUUCUUUCUGGGGAAAACUGGGAGAGAGAACUCUUCGAUCCAAGACAGAGUUUGUCAGGAACUAUACUGAACUUGCAAGACUUACCGAAGAUUCGACAAUUAGGAUUUCUUCAAUAAUACCCUUGGACGACAAAUUGCUUCAAGUUGUCUACACUCCUCAUGAGGAUAUGGAAGACUCUCUACCCACAACCAGUCUUGUGAAUGCAGCGUUCACCACUUGCCAUGGACGCAUUAAACUUUAUGAAUAUCUGAAGAUAGUUGGCCAGCGGGCGUUGUACCAUGACACAGACUCUAUCUGCUUCAUUUCCAAGCCAAACCACCCCGAGCCAGCUUUGGGCGAGUUCCUCGGAUGUCUCACUGACCAGUUGCAAGAGGAUUUCGGAGAAAAUUCAUUUGCCAAAUCUUUUAUAAGCGGUGGACCCAAGAAUUACUCUUAUCAAGUUUGUGUGAAAGGUGAUGAGAAUACGUUGGCCACAGUUACAAAAGUACGGGGCGUAAGCAUAAACUCGUCAUGCUCAGAUGUUGUCACCUAUGACAAAUUAAAAGAAAUGGUUAGAGGAGAAACUGAAAGUACUGUUGUCCACAUCCCUUCUAUGAUUGAUAGAAGGAAUUGGAAAAUUAUUACUAGGCCUGCACAGAAAACGUGGAGAGUUGUUCUCAACAAACGCAGGCGUGUAGAUAAUAAGACUGUACCGUAUGGUUUCACGGGGGUCCUAUUUGAUGAUGAUGAUUACGAGACUUUGGAAAUCCUUGACGGGCUCUGGAACGAGUAA